AUGGGGCGCGUCAUUCGCUCACAACGUAAGGGUCGCGGGUCUGUCUUCAAGGCACACACCCACAAGAGAAAAGGAGCAGCAAAGCUCCGCGCCCUCGACUAUGCGGAAAGAAAUGGCUAUAUCAAAGGUUUGGUGACUUCAAUUGAGCAUGACCCCGGGCGAGGGGCACCGCUAGCUGUUGUCUCCUUUCGCGAUGCAUAUCGCUACAGAAUUAACAAAGAAAGAAUGCUGGCUGUGGAGGGGCUUCAUACAGGGCAGUUCAUUCACUGCGGAAAGAAAGCUGCACUCUGCAUCGGCAAUGUAUUGCCCUUAGGCCGAGUGCCGGAGGGGACGGUGGUUUGUGCUGUCGAAGAAAAGGCAGGAGACAGAGGGACCCUCGCUAAGACCUCAGGCUCCUUCGCAACUGUUGUUGGACACAGCGAGGAGACAGGAAAGUCUAGGGUUCGUCUGCCUUCGGGUGCUCGCAAAACCCUUCCUUCUUCAGCUCGCUGUAUCAUCGGUUUAGUUGCAGGAGGCGGUCGCAUCGAUAAACCCCUCUUAAAGGCUGGAAAUGCUUAUCACAAAUAUAAAGCAAAGAGAAACUGCUGGCCGAAGGUGCGGGGUGUAGCGAUGAACCCUGUAGAGCACCCGCACGGAGGAGGCAAUCAUCAGCACAUUGGGCAAAAGGUGGGUCUUAUUGCUGCUCGGCGCACGGGUCUGCUGCGCGGAGGAAGGAAGACGAAGCUUGCAGGCAAAGACAAAAGGCAGGGUAGAAAAGAAGGGCUGGAGUAUUAG